GAAAACUAAAAGCAAAUAUUGUUUUUUCGAUGUUUUAAAAAAGGAGGUCAAGCCUCAAAGAAGAUCCAAAACACACACAUUUCACUUUCUCUCACUCAGUGGCUAACAAAACCUCAUUGAGAGUGUGAGUGUGUUUUUUUGUGCGUGCGUCAGUGAGUUAGUGUGUGUUCCUUUUCAGGCACAAGCCUUUCCUUCACACAUCUAUUUUUUUAUAUCUUUAUCUUCAUGUUUUCUUAGAAAGAAACAAUGAAAACGAAGCUUCUUCUUAUGCUUCUCAUGCUCCUCCUUAUUCUCCACAAACCCACUUGGAUUCUUGCCUCUGCAUACCCUCUUGCUCCCUCUCCUCAAGUUCCACCAUUUUCUCCAUUUCCCACUUCAAUGUCUGCUUCCUCUCCAGGAAUUGUGAUGGGGGCUGAACAGCAACACAUGGAUUCACACAAGAAAAUGGUAAUUGCUGUUGCCGUUGCCAGCACUUCACUUGGUGCAGUCAUUUUGUGUGUGUUGUGCAUCUGGAUUUACUACACAAAGUACCCUUCAAAAUCCAAAGGGAAAAACGUUCAAAGAUCAGAUGCUGAGAAAGGGCUAGCUUCAUCACCAUUUUUGAGUAAAUUCAGCUCUAUAAAGCUGGUUGGUAAGAAAGGGUGUGUUCCAAUAAUUGACUAUAAGCAAAUAGAAAAAACCACCGGAAAUUUCGAGGAAAUUAACAUCUUGGGUGAGGGAGGUUUCGGAUGCGUUUACAAGGCUCAUUUGGAUGAUAAUUUGGAUGUUGCUGUUAAAAAAUUGCACUGUGAAAAUCAAUAUGCUGAGCAAGAAUUUGAGAACGAGGUGGAUUUGUUAAGUAAAAUUCAACACCCAAAUGUAAUUUCUCUACUGGGUUGUAGCAGUAAUGAUGAUACAAGGAUUAUUGUCUAUGAAUUGAUGCAUAAUGGAUCAUUGGAAACUCAAUUACACGGACCUUCUCAUGGCUCGGCAUUGACUUGGCAUUUGAGGAUGAAAAUUGCUCUUGACACAGCAAGGGGAUUAAAAUAUCUGCAUGAGCACUGUUACCCUCCGGUGAUCCAUAGAGAUCUGAAAUCUUCUAAUGUUCUUUUAGAUACAAAGUUCAAUGCCAAGCUUUCUGAUUUUGGUCUUGCCAUAACCAAUGGGUCCCAGAACAAGAAUAACCUCAAGCUUUCAGGCACGUUGGGUUACGUUGCCCCGGAGUAUCUUUUAGAUGGUAAAUUGACUGAUAAAAGUGAUGUGUAUGCUUUUGGAGUUGUGCUUUUGGAGCUUCUAUUGGGAAAGAAGCCUGUGGAAAAACUAGCACCAGCUCAAUGCCAAUCUAUUGUCACAUGGGCUAUGCCACUGCUCACAGACAGAUCUAAGCUUCCAAACAUUGUGGAUCCUGUAAUUAAGAAUACAAUGGACCCCAAGCACUUAUACCAGGUUGCUGCUGUAGCCGUGCUAUGUGUGCAACCAGAACCAAGUUACCGUCCUCUGAUUGCCGAUGUUCUCCACUCAUUGAUCCCUCUUGUGCCAGUAGAGCUUGGAGGAACACUCAAAGUUUCACAACUGCCACAGCAAGUCUGACCCGCUGACCCACCUGAGGAUUCUAGUCAAUGAUCAGUUUGAGACAACCUCACAUAUCGAUGAUCCAUCAAUGACAUGUUUUGUGAUGCUCUACCCAUCUGGUGAGGCUUUAGUAAGGCUUGAAAUUACUGAAAGAUCCAUAACAACUACACUGAUUCUGUAAUAAACACAUGCAGCCCGGGAGUGUGACUUAGAAACAGAGAAAUUGAGGAAAGAGUAGGCUUGAAUGGUGGAGAAGAGCAUUGGAUUGUUAAUGAUAAAUGGGAGGAAAUUGAUUUCACUUUUGUGAAAAUUUGUGUAUAGAGUGGUGAUAUUGCGGAACAGUGAACUGUUCAGAGAGGAUCCCAUUGUCUUUCAUUCCCACUUUUGGCAUGUGAAAUUCAGUAAACCAGACUACUAAUAAUUCGUACAUAAAUUUCUGAGAAAUACUAGCAAUACGCUCCAAUACACACUCUCCUUGGUGAUUGAAA